AUGGAAGUCGCGGAAAAAUCAACAUGGAUACAUCGCCUACCUACUGAACUGUUGAUCGACAUCUUCCUACGUGUGCACGAUAUGACCGGCGCCAACGACACGCACAAUCAUCUCCGCGGGCCUCCCGCAUGCGCGUUUCUAUCCUACGUCUGUCGACGCUGGAGGACUGUGGCUAUCUCCUGUCAGCAACUAUGGGCAUCGUUCCCACGCAGCAACCAGCACUGGACCAGGACCUGUAUCGAGCGCGCGCAUUCCUGCCCGGUAGAACUUCGCUUUGACGUCUGGCGUCCCCUUCCAGGACUACGCGAUAUGCAGACAUUGGCGUUCUCUGCGAUACAACGCGCAACUACGGUCACCAUAUACGGGGAAAUGGAUCGUUAUAAGGAGGGAAGGCGAGAUAUGGCAUGGGUACUACGAGGACUAGCAACUCACGAGACUCCUCUACUGGAGGAGCUCAGGAUAACGCUCGAUCAGGACGGCUGGGAUCCCUAUCAGCCCAUAUCCUUACCGGGGAUCUUCAAUGACAAGCCCCCGCCAAACCUGCGCAACGUCGAUCUCGACGGAUGCCUUCUCAGGCCUCCCCACGCAAUCUCUGCACCGUCGCUCACGAGACUGUACCUCAACAGCUCCUGUAUAUGGUCAGGAGCAGACGAUAUGAUCCAGUUCUUCCGGCUUGUUCCUCAACUGGAAUCAUUCGAAUUCGUCUAUCCCGGCAAUGACGACCACGGCUUCUCUACACAACCCUCGCGCACCCACUCGUUGCGUUGCGUCUCAUUGCCCGACCUCGAUGAAUUCAACGUUGAAGCCUCGUUUGACGCGGGAUUGAUCAUGUUCAGCUACAUCGCCUUCUCUCCGGAUGCCCACCUCACCUUGAUUCCAAGUGAUGGCGAGUCUCCCCUGGAUCGCUACACCGAGGACGAGCUGGGAUCUCUCAUCGCCCGCGCCUCUACUGCCGUGCGCGCACAUUUCGCAAAAGAUAUCGAAGAAGACAUAUGUUAUCCCUCCGUUGUCAUCGGUUCAGCCAGGAUUUCCGCGAUGCGAUUGCUUCUCGGCAUUCCGUUUUACCUCAACGACUUUCCUCAGCUUCGUGCAGCAGCGGGCGCCAUGUACGCGACCAUCCCCGUCUUUGCGAAUACAUCGUCUUUGACACUCGAAGGAAAUAUGGAGGGAUUCACCAUGAGGGACCUGCUUUGCUUCAAGCACGUCGAGCGCCUACGUCUUAAAGGCGCCGCGCCCGUCAUACUGGAAGCUGCGCUCCGCGAGCACGACUCCUUCAUGGACGAGAUCUUUCCUCAGCGAGAGGAGAUCGUCAUUAGAGGAUUCGACUUCGUCAGGUGGCCUGGUACGCUGUACUAUGGCUGCCCAGUACCUGAGGACUUCGCGCGACGAUUGGCAGAUGCGUUGUACGGGUGGUGCCAAGAGACCGAACAUGUUGUAGACGUGAAGUUCGUAGGAUGCCUUUUUCUGCCUGAUCAGGAGGCCCUCUUCAAAGAAAAGUUCGGCCCGGGCUGUACACGGGUGGGUUGA